UAAUAAUAAGUGGUAAUUUAAAGCAGGAGUGGCAUCCAAAGACAUGUCGCGCACUGGCAUGGUGGCUCUCCCGUCUUUCAACGCCGUCCGGUCGGCGGACAAUAAGCCACGCCUGAAGCCAGAAACUGAGACCCAGAAAUUCAUUAACCACGGCCAGAAACCCGCCGAAUCCAUUGAUAUUUCUGCUACAAACAGCAGCAACCUCGGUCUUGGGCUCGGGUUCGGUAACAAAAAGAGAGAACCCCUCUGGCGAUGUAUCCAGAAUUGCGGUGCUUGCUGCAAGCUCAAUAAAGGUCCGACUUUCCCCUCCCCUGAGGAGAUUUUUGAUGACCCUUCCGACAUUCAGCAAUAUAAGAGCUUGAUAGGACCAGAUGGCUGGUGCAUACAUUACGAGAAGACUACGAGAAAGUGUUCCAUUUAUGCCGACCGUCCUUACUUUUGUCGGGUGGAGCCUGAUAUUUUCCAGACAUUAUACGGAAUUGACAAGAAAAAGUUCAAUAAGGAGGCUUGCAGUUGCUGCAUAGACACAAUUAAAGCUAUAUAUGGAUCAAAGUCGGAGGAGCUGAAUAAUUUCAAACAUGCCAUAUGGGAGACGAGCUCAUAGUGAUCAGUUUGGUUAGAUGUACGGCAUGAUAUUUCCAUCUAGGUCAAAGUUUAGUGUGCCCAAAAGGACGAUAUUCUGAAAGGAUGGAGACGUAACUUAUGGAUGGUUAUGGCAGAGACAUGCCGCAUGGGAGGUGGAAUUUUUCAUCCUCUGUACUUCAUGAUAAGCGGAAACUGUUUCGACUUGCUAGUGGGCUAGAGGUAUGGUAAAUGGAAAAAGCAACAGAAGUGCCGGCCGGAAAGAAUCGAAAGACAAUGUGUAGAUAAUGCCUGGAAGCAAGGAUCAAUCCCAUGCAUGUGUCUAGUUAUGAGAUUAUUACUCUUUGAAGUUGCAGAUGGAGGGUUUUCUGAUAUGAAUCCUUUCUAAUCCAUAUCUUAUAAAUAUCAUAUUUGAUGAAUA